AUGUCUCAAGAUAAAUUUUCAAUUGAGGAAUCAAUCUAAGAAAGCUUGUCAUUUUCUCACAGUUUAGCGAAAAUAAGCGAGAGAGCAAGUAAAAGGGCAUUAAGAAGUUAGCAAUCAGAUUUCAUUGAAGAAGAGGAUAUCAUUCAAUACUAGAGUUCAUCGAUUGUUGAAGAGAUCAUUGGUGAAUCUUAGAUUAAGAGUUCUAUUUAUUUUUCAAAUGCAAUCACAUAAAGCAAGAUAAAGUCUUCAGGAUUUGCAAAAGAUACCUUAUAAUCUGGUGCAAAUUCUUAUGAUCAAUCUAUGCUAAAAAGAGAAGAAAGGAAUGUUUUCAUAGAGAAGAAAUUUAAUAAAUUGAGGAAAGACAUUUAAUAUGGCCCAAAGAGUGACAUUCAAAAGAAGAUGAGAACUAAAGAUAAUAAGGUGCUAAUUGAAAAGCUUAAAUCAAAUAUAGAUAAGCAAAAUUACAAUCAUGAUUACUAUGCUAAUACUCCUUGCCAAUAUUGUGAAAAUAUAUCAUUGAAAGAACUUAAAAUACCUUAAGCCAAGGUGGAUAAGCUGUUUAUUUAGGAGUUUCUAGAUAUGAAAUAUAAUAAAUAUGUAGAAGAAAAAGAUGAUAAAGAAGAACAAAGACUAUAAGCAUUAAAGGAAUAUGCCACCGAAAUUGAGAGGAGAGAAGUUAUUAAUAGAAAAGUAUUUUAGCUUAAGUAAAAGCUAAUAUAUGGAGAUGAUGUAGAAAAUCUAGAUUUUAAUUAUAGAUAAUGA